AUGGUCGUUACACGUUUUAAAGAUCUUCCCCAUGUACGUCCUUUGAUAACUACAGCAGUCGUUUUAUGGAUCUGCGUAAUUAUCUAUUUGAGUUCCAGUUUCUUCAAUUUGGAAAGUAGUGAUCAGCAAAGUUUAGUUUGUCAAAACUUACUGGAUGUAAUUACUGGUUUAAAAUCGCAAGUCGAUAUCGGGUCGGCAAAUUUAAGGAUAUAUCUUACGUCGUACAAUGCUAAAAACAAAAAAGAAAAUACUAUUGUAGAAAGAGUUGGGAUACAUGGUAUGUCAUAUGAAAUCUUACGUCGUCGUGCUUUGCAGUAUGCUCGUGAAGUCAAGUAUAGUCUUGUUCAACUUGAUAAUGUGAAUGUGAAAAUAAAAACUAUUAAAAACUACUCUUUAAUCAAACCGUUAGAAGAGGUGCAAGUCUCACUGGAGCGAUUAAAAAGUCAGUUACAAGAUAUUUCAUUACACUUACACGUUGAUAUUGAUGGAAUUGGACGAGUUGACGGUGUGUUGGAAUCACGAAUGAAUUAUCUGGAAUAUUUAUCAAAUGAACUUCAAAGUGAAUUAUUCCAAUUGCAGAAUCCCUCAAGUUGUACAAAAGCUAAAUAUGUGGUUGCCUCGUUAAAUAAACCUUGUGCAUUCGGUUGUAAUGCCCAUCAUUUAAUGCAUUGUUUUCAAAUGGCCUAUGCAACUGGGCGUACAUUAAUCUUGAAUCCUACUGAUGGGGAGGAAUACACACACUGGUGGAUAAAAAACUUUUUGCCAUUAUCUCAGAAAUGCAGUAUAAAUGACAUUCAGUCAAAUAUCCAUUCUGGUUUUUUUGAUGGGAAGGCGUUUAAUACCUAUCAAGCAAUUACGUGUCCGCACAUAGAAACAAUAAGCUCUUCAUUUGAUUGGAUCCCUCAAGCUGUUCCCAGUCAUUUGAGCAAAUUACUUGCGCGUUUACAUGGUGCCCCAUUUGUGUGGUUCAUUGGUCAGUUGGGUAAAUUUUUAAUGCGUCCAUCGUUUAACUUCCCUGAAGAAUUUAAAAUAUUCGACGAUCAACAUGAGAAUCCAGUUGUUGGUAUUCAUGUCCGACGUACGGAUAAAAUAAAUACUGAAGCGAGUUUUCAUAGUUUAGAAGAAUAUAUGACUGAAGUUGAGAGCCAUUUCCAAUUCAUAGAUGCCAAACGUCAAAUGAUGUCUAGAACUGAAGAGUGGAGAAAUGACAUCAAAUCGCCGUUUCGUCAUAAUGUAUAUCACCAAUUAAAACCAGUACAACGACGUGUGUAUAUAGCUACAGACGACCCUAGUGUAUUUAAUGAAACUAAAUUAAAGUAUCCCAACUAUAUAUUUUAUGGUAAUCGCGGACGUGCUAAUUCAGCUUCUGUCUUCAGACGAAAAAAUGAAGAUUCUAUUAUGGGUGUGGUAACUGACGUGUUCGCUUUAUCAAGAACGAAUUAUUUAGUUUGCACUUUUUCUUCACAGGUUUGUCGAUUAGCUUACGAAUUGAUGCAGUCUAAUCAUUUAGAAUUAGGUGAUGCAAGUCAACAAUUUCGUUCAUUGGAUGAUAUAUAUUACUUCGGUGGACAACAAACCUCACCAUAUGAAGUAUUAAUAUCAAGCAAAGAACAUGGUUUAUCUCCUGGUGAUUUAAUCCACUUCUAUGGUAAUCAUUGGAAUGGUUACGCAAAGGUUGAAAAAUUGAAUACUAAUCGUAAAGUAAUGGCACCAGCAUUUAAAUUCUCUCCAAGAUUAAUAACUGCUCCUAUGAUCGGUGCACAUGGAAAUCGGUCUGAAUUUAUUAUUGAUUAUAAAUAA